UUUGAGGGGAGAACUGUGUGUUUAAAGAAAAAUGUUGGAGACAGGGGAAGAAGAAAAAGGAGAUGAAGAGGGGGAAACACUGCAGACAUGGAUACUGAGUGGAAAAAGAACAUUUCCAAAAGCAAAUUCAAGAUUCUGAUGAGGACAGCUGCUUAUCUUCUGAAGAUUGGCAAGAUAUUCAGUGCGAGAUCCUGGAGAAGCAGCGAGACGAAGCCAAUCAGAGGCUGAUGGAGCUGGAGGAAGUUUCCAAUCAUCUGCUGAAGGAGAUGAAUAUGUUGGAGAUCCAGUUCCAGGUGGAACGGUCCUGCAGGGAGAGCGCGGAGGCUCUGGCUGUCAAAGUCAGCAAGGAAAACACAGCCCUGAAAAGAAAGAGCCAGAUGUUGCUGCCGCUGAUCUCCACCCUCCCAGAAAACCUGGCCACUGUGACCCUUGACCCAGAGACUGACCUGGCGGCUGAUGUCGAUACGGCUGAUUCCGAUGUGGUUGAUUGCGAUGUGGUUGAUGGUGGUGUGGGUAAUUUUAGGGAAAGUAACAGUGAAGAGAACUUGCUGCUUGAAAGUCAAGCCAAGAUCACAGCGAUGCAGGCGUCAUUGGACGGGCUGCUGGCUGAGAAGCUACAACUGGAGCAUCAGGUGGAGGAACUGACCAGAGAGCAGGUCCAGCUCAGAGAGCAGCUUGUUGCAGAGGUGGAGGAGAAGGAAGCCAUUCUGAGGACGAUGAGCAAGCAGACCAAGACCAUGACCAAAAUCAAAAGAGUCUCCCAGCUUGUCACCGAGGAGUUCACAGAAAUGUCUCAGAAGCUGGAGCUGGAGCAGGGCCUGCGGCAACACGCCGAAGUCUUCGCCCAUCAGAUGUUGGCGGAGCAGAAGGCGGCCGAGCGACCGAGCGCCACGGAGGCGAACGCCUCCGAGGCCGACGUGCGGCUUCGGCUGCAGCAGGCGCUGACGCAAAUAUGCGGCAUCAACACGGCCCUGUGCAACAUUCAGCGCCACUACCAGGACCAGAUCAAACCGAGUGCAGGUGCUGAGGAGGAGCUGCGGGACCUGAGGGACCAGCUGAGGAAGAGUGAGGAUGAGAGGAAGACGUUGGAGGGUCAACUGGCUCAGGCCGACGCACCGGUCACGGAGCUGAGGGACCAGCUGAGGAAGAGUGAGGAUGAGAGGAAGACGUUGGAGGGUCAACUGGCUCAGGCCGAAGCGUCAGUGACAGAGCUGAGAGAGGAAGUGAAACAUUUACAGGAAAGGAUGAACACAGAGGAGAAAAAUGAAGAUCUGGAGGAAGCAACUGCUCCUCUUCCUCCUCCUCCUCCUCCUCCUCCUCCUCCUCCUCCUCCUCCUGCUCCUCCUCUUCCUUCAGCCACUCCUGUUAUCAACUUGCAGGAUUUCCUCAGGAGCAGGAAGCGUCGAGUCAACGGAGGCGAUAACAACGGGCCAGCGCCGUUGAAGGACAUCAAGGCAAAGGCAGUGGACGAAAUGAUGGAGAGAAUAAAGAAAGGCAUUGUCCUGAGGCCCAUAAAAAACAUCCAGGAAGAAGACAGCUCAUGGAGGGACCAGGGGAGUGAAAACAGAAAGUCAGCUGUCCUGGAGUUAAAGGGAAUGCUGGACAACAUUAAACGGCAGCACCUCCGCAGGGUGCCCUCCAGGAGGGGCAUCGGCAGGAACGUCGGGGAGGCAGAGCUGCAGCUGGUCCUCCAGAGGAGAAGAAGAGCGAUGGGAGAAAAUCAGGACCAACAGACCUGCGAUCUCCAGCCGGGGCCGCAGCGCGCCCCAGCAGCAGGCGACUGUCCCUGGGCCGGCGAGAGCGGCAGUGCACCUGUGCUCCGGAGGCUGAAGCAAAACCGGGAGAAGAGAGAUUCCCGCAUCAGAGCCUCAGCGCUGAUCAUCAGCCAGCGCUGAGGCGUACGGCAGCCUCUCCAGCCAAACGUGCCAUCAUAACGUAAAGACGCACUCCAGUAGCUAUAAUGGUCACUGCCUGAGUUUUGGUUAACGUUCAAAUAAAACACGUUAAAUAAACCA